GCACCAGGUCGGACUGCAAGAGCUUUUGGCCCUGCUGCGGACGAAGCGGUAUGAGGAGGUCUUGGAGGCCUGGCCUAUCUUGGAGGAGUUUACUGCUGAGGCGUUUUCCGCCGUGGUGGAGGCCCUCCUGGCGUUGGACAGGCCGGAGGAUGUUGGGCUGUUCUUCUCCAAGGCCGCGAACAACCUGACGCACCUGAGGGGGUCGCUGCAUCACUCGGUGCGGGCUCUGGCAGAGUCCAGUCAGGCACCUGCUGCCUGCGUCUCCUCGGCUUUGAGAGAUGUCUUCCAGUUCCGCGGCUCCCUGGACGGCCGGGCCUGCCAGGAGCUGCUGGUGGCCUUUGCGAACAUGAACGACCCGCGGCACGCCGGCGAGCUGGUGAAGCACCUGCACGCCCAGGAAGAAGAGCUGCCGUGUGAUGUCCUGAGUCGCGCGGUGCGGGCCUUCCUCUCGUGCCAGAACCUGGAGGCUGCUGUUGAGUAUCUCCAGCAGGUGGCGGCCUGCGGCUUGCCCAGCGAGGCGCGCGCGAGCGAAUCCGCGGGAUAA